GUCUUUCAUAUGAUAUAUAAAGGAUAUAUAUAUAUCUUUCUAUCUCAUCCUGCAAACACCUAUUCAGAAUCACAUGCAUUGAAUUUUGAUCUUCUUCCUUUCAUUUCUUUUAUUAAAACCUUUAUAUGUGAUUUACUUCUGCUUCUUCCUCUUCUUCACUUUCUUUCCGGACUAUCCCUCAAUUUUUUGCUUCUUUGAACUCUCACACAAAGUAUCCUAUCAAUGUCUUCAUCAGUUUCAGAUAUCAAUCGUUUGAUAAACCCAUCACCAGAGAAUGAUCCGUUUUUAGCUUUAAUGAUUGAUACUAGAAAAAUAAUAAAUCCAUCAUUUCCACAAUGGGCUUUGAAUUGUUUAAUAACUUUUACAAUCAUGAGAAUUUUAUUAAUCUUAAGUUGUUUGAUUAUAAUCAUUACUCCAUUUUUUAGAGGUCCGAUUAGUAGAAAGAAAAAUUUAUUUUUGUUCAACAAAAUUUAUUCACAAUCAGGAAAUGGAAUUCCUUACUUCGUUCCGAAUAGAUGUUUGAUCAUUUCAGUUUGUGAAUUAUUUUCAAGUGUGUUAUACGUAUUUUCAGCUGUAGGAAACUAUAGACUUUAUUCAGGAAGUGAACCUGUUCAUGGUCCUAUUGGGUAUAUUUGCACUUGGUUUGGUCUAGAAUGGCUCCCUGCUUUUCUUGGAAUAUGGCUCUCAUCUUGGAGUUUAGUCCAUGCAUGCCUUUGUGAUGUAAAAGGUGAUAAUCAAAAUCAAAGGUUUUCUAAACUUUUAACUCCAUUACUUUACAAUUCGAUUUGGUUAACCGUCUCAUUAGUAGUGAUUAUGUUAACUACUUACUGGGCACUGCGUACCACUCAAAUCUUGAUCAUCAUUUCACCUGUUAAAGAACAUUUAUUUGAUUUAUUACAAACUUCAAUUAAAUCUUGGAGUAUCAAUCAUGAUUUAAAACAAAUACCAACUGUUGAAUUAUUUAGUGAAGGAGAUUUUUUACAUCAAUAUCUUGAGAAAUUAUCUCCAAUCAUUGUUGCUUGGGCUCAAACUUGGUUAGCAUUUGCCAUCGUCUUAACAGCUUUUUACCUUUUCAUCGUUUCUGUUUUAUUACGUAUGUUAAGACAAGUUCUACAUAUACGUGAUUCAGAAGCUAUGAGUAUACAAGCACAGUCUUCAAUUUGGAAAGAAUUAGAAGACGAGUUUUGGUUUCUUUCAAGAUCUUCUGUGAUUGUUGCUUUAUCAUUAGGAACUCAAAUCUUAGUCAUGGUAUUUCAAUCAAUAAGUUCUACACAUCCACAAGAUAUUGACUGGAGAAUGGGAUCAGCUAUAGUUUGUCAAAUACCAGGAGUGUUUAUGGUCCCAGCACAACUUUUACAAUCACGUCGAAUCCUUUUUGAAAAGAUUGCAAUAGAUGAUUCAAAAUUUAAUACGGUCCCAUUAGAUUUCCAAACCAAUCCGAUUCCAAAAUUAACUUCACAAUUAUUAGGUUGGGAUACAACAAUUUGUAGGGCUAAAGAACCUAGUAUGGAUUCACUUAAUUUUCCUGGUUUACUUGAAAUCAAAUCAGAUCCAAUUAAUGAUGAUAAGGAGAUCUCAAAUCUUGAAAGUGUGGAAUCAACUUGUACUUCAGAUUUCAAAGAUCCAGUAGAAAUUGAGAUUAAAGUGGUUAGAUCAACUACUACGGUCACUCAAGAAUGAUGUACAUAAAAUGUGAUACUUUUCCCUUUCUUGUAUUUAGUUACAUUUUGUGGUAAAUACUUUUUUUCCAUUUAUCUGAAUAAACUUGUAGUUUAUUCCUUCUGUUCAUAUCUGAGUCUUAGAUAGACGUUUUUCUUCCAUCUCUUUUCGUAUAUCUUGUAUCUAUCUUGUAUGAUGUUUUAUAUUUUGAACUGUAGAAUCUUAUAAACAAACGUUGUACACUCAUUCAAAACACCCAGUCAUUUUUAUUCAGCAAAAUGCAAAAAAGCCUUUUAUAAAAUGAUCUGU